AUGCAAUCGCAGCAGCAGAAGAUGAAGAUGAAGAUGAAGAAGAAUUUCAGAAAAAGAAGCGCGCCCGCUGAGGAUAACCAAGAUUGUGAAAAAAUCAGUGACCAAGAAGAUGAAGAAGAAGAAGAGAGGAGAUUGGCGCUGGAGGAGGUGAAAUUCCUGCAAAAGCAGAGGGAGAGGAAGUCUGGGAUUCCUGCCUUAACAAGUAAUGGUGCGACGCAGAACAUUCCUAAUACUACUAAUAACAACAACAAUAGCAACAAUAAUACUAACCUUGAUAAGAACAAGAGAGGAAGCGACGGCACUCAUUCUCCUAGUAAUAAGCACGGUGAAGGCGGUGGCGGAGAUGGAGACAAAGAUGAUUUAGUUCUCCAAGAUACCUUUGCUCAGGAAACUGCCGUCAUGGUUGAAGAUCCCAAUAUGUUGAAAUAUGUUGAACAAGAACUAGCAAAGAAGAGGGGCAGGAAAAUUGAUGCUUCAGAUCAAGUUGAAAAUGAUUUAAAGCGUGCUGAAGAUGAGUUGUACAAGAUACCUGACCAUCUUAAAGUGAAAAGGCGAAACUCAGAAGAAAGCUCCACUCAGUGGACUACUGGGAUUGCCGAGGUUCAGCUUCCUAUUGAAUACAAGUUAAGAAAUAUUGAGGAAACUGAGGCUGCCAAGAAGUUUUUGCAGGAGAAGCGGCUCAUUGGGCAGACAAAAUCAGAAUUUAGCAUCCCCUCAAGUUACAGUGCUGAUUAUUUCCAGCGUGGCAGGGAUUAUGCUGAAAAACUUAGAAGAGAACAUCCUGAGCUCUACAAAGAUAGAAGUGCACAGGAUGAUGGUGGUGUUUCCAGACAAAAUGAUACUGGUACAGAAGCAGCAGGGCAGAGGCAAGCUGCAACAGAUCAGUUCAUGCUUGAGCGCUUCCGCAAACGAGAGCGUCACCGUGUCAUGCGGAGAGCUGAAUGUGGAUGGUCUUUCCUGGAAGCAUGCUUGCAAUUUCUGUUUAGUUUGUAUCCAUCACUCAAGGGAGCAGACCAAAUGCAAGCUUUAAGAGCUUCAAAUGUUCUGGCAGCAUCCUCUUAA